AUGACUGUGGUAGGCCUGUUUAUCGGGCUGAAUUUAUUGAGCUUGCUUUUGAUAAGAGGAGGCCAAGCCUAUAGAAAUGCUGAAAGAUGCAGUGGGCGAAAGAUCUUGUAUGACAAGGAGGGGCUAAUAUCAGAUGGACCGUCGAACUAUACAGAAUACUUAAAAUGCGAGUGGCUCAUUGAUGGUAUGUAUAAGCUAGCUGUAUUGAUUGUUCCAGAUGAUUUAGAAGUUUUUACUGCCUACUAUUUCAAAAAAUACUCACUAUUUAAAAAAAUAGUCACUAUUUCAAAAAAUAGUCACUAUUUCAAAAAAUAGUCACUAUUUCAAAAAAUAGUCACAUAAUUAUUUAGUUAUUACUUAGUCUAAAAUGUAUAAAAGCUGCUAUAUUGAUUCAAAUAGAAGAUUUAGAAGUUUUUUGUGCCUGACUACCAUGUCAAGAAAUGGGCACAUAAUUAUUGAUACAUUAUUUAGAUCAUUAAUGUUUCAUUUAUUUCUAAGGUAGUAACAAACUAUCCUCUAAAAAAAUAUUUGAGUUGGAUUUUUUAUGAUUUUAAAUUAAAGACCUUUCUGAAAAAGAAAUUUUUUCUUUUCAUUGUUUUUCAAAAUUACUAUAAGGAAUAGAAAUAUAUUUCUUGUUAAUAUUUGUCUAACUUUCACAGGGUUAAUAUAAAUUUGCAUAUGAAAAUAUGCCUGUUAAGCUCUUUCAGGCUUGUAAUGCAACAUGUCUUUACUUCUAACCUCAGCUGGCAGUCCAAACAAGACCAUACAUCUGAUAUUUGAAAAUAUGACAACUGAAUGCUCAUUUGACUACCUUUUUAUCUAUGAUGGUAAAUCCUAUAAUAGUCGACUGAUUGCAACACUCAGUGGUGACAGCCAUCCUACACCCAUUACUGCACAUUCUGGAUAUGUAAGAUUAUUCUGUCAUUUCAGUAAAAUAUACUUUUGUUUUCAAAAAUUAAUUUAUAGUAAUAUGUUUUAAAUUCAAAUCACUUUAGCAGAAAAUGAUUUUUAAUUAUUGAAACAAAAAUUUGUUUAUUUUUAAUUCAUGAUGCUAACAAUUUUAAUUUGAGGAUAAAUUAAAAUAUUUAAACCACUGCUUUUAAAUUUGAGAAUUUUUGCUAAUGAUGCAUACAAUUUUCUACUAUUCCUAUUGUCUUAAUAUAUUUUAAAUCAAAUUUGAUCGUUUUAGUAAAUAAAAAAAGACAUUUUAACAAACUUUCAGUUAAAAUUAUAGUUGAGAAUGUUUUCUUCUUCUAUACACAAUGCUGUUAUUUUCUUGUUUAGAUGCUACUGUAUCUGUUCAGUGAUCGCAAUUAUGUAAGACCUGGCUUUGAUGCCAGGUACAAAAUCUUGGACUGCCCUUGGAACUGUAGUAAUAGAGGCAUCUGUAAAAAUCAUGUUUGCCAUUGCAAUGCUGGUUAUAGUGGAGAUGGCUGUGAGGUAAAAUUAAUCAUUCAUCAUGUUUAUUAAGCUUUAAGAUUUAAGGGAUUUUUGUGUUGUAACUGCUAGUUAUUAAAUUAUUGCUUUUAUUUUUGUUAAUUGCUGGCAGACUGAACAUGCUAUACAUGGGCGUCCGCAGAAAACUUUCUAGGGGGGGGGGGGCAAAAAAUCGAUUAACUUCCGGGGGGGGGGGGCAUUUUUUUUUUGGUAAUUUUUUAUAUGGACAGGACAUCAGCUUAGUUACUUUCUCUUUAUUUUCUCUUUACUUUAAUAAAUUUUUUGUCUAUUUUUGUCUGAAAUUUUUUUAUCCAAUCAAUCCAGUGGGGGGGGGGUGCAAGUGCCCCACCUUGCCCCUACCUGCGGGCGCCCAUGAUGCUAUAUGAACCAAACUGACUUUUUAAUUGCUGGCAGACUGAACAUGCUAUAUGAACCAAACUGACUUGUUAAUUACUAUAAAUUUCCAGGUUACUGACUGCCCAUUUGAAUGUGGGGAGCAUGGAGAGUGCAAGUUCCAUUCCUACAAGCUGCAGUAUUGCCACUGUAAACAUGGAUAUAUUGGCCAGAAAUGCGACCUGCACAUCCACAGUACUGCAGACCAAGGUCACUGGUACUCGAUCCAAGAUGUUGCCAGUGGCAGCUUUUCACCCCGCACAGCGCACACGUCAGUGUAUGCCAGUAACUGUAUAUGGAUGUUUGGUGGUUUUGACCUCAAUACAGUCAUGGAUGAACUGCUGCGAUACUGCAUGUCUGAAAACGCCUGGGAGAGUGUGAACAAACUUCAUCAAAAGGGUGAAAGAGACUGGCCUCAAGCCAGAAGUGGCCACGCCAUGGAUGUCUACGGUGAUGGCUUCUUUAUCUUUGGUGGCCUCCUAAGUGAUGGAUCGCAUAGCAAUGAGCUUUGGUUCUUCAACAUAUCCUCCAUGGCAUGGUCUCUCUGCGCUAACGAAAGUGAAAUUGUGCCUGAGAAAAUAACAGACCACACAUUGACAACCGUCGGGGACUACUUGUAUGUCGUCGGAGGAAAAUCAGAACAGAGAAUUUACAUCGAUUCCAUUUUCAGAAUUUCAGCAAAGUCUCCUGAAAACUGGGAGCAUGUUUUGGUAAAAGGGGGGAAAUACCCACCCAAGCGCCUAGUGGGCCACACCACCUUGUAUCACAAACAUUCGCGAUCACUGAUAGUGUUCGGUGGAUACAAGCAAGAAAGUGCCCUCAUUAGUGACAGAACCAGUAAGAUUCAAGUGUUCCACAUAGAUGAUAGCUACUGGUCACAGCUGUACAACCACAACUGGCGCAAAGAUUCAAUACCAAGGGAUCGGGCCUACCACACAGCUGUCCUGAUAGGAAACUAUCUGGCUGUCUAUGGGGGCAAUACCCACAAGCAUGAAGAGUUGGAAAUCUGUUAUAGUGAAGAGAUCUUCUUCUAUCAUUUGGGAUGCCACGUGUGGCUUAACCACAGUUUUUUUAAUGGUAAGGAAAGCUUUGCAUUACCGGGUAGUUAUUUUUUUAUUGUAAACAAAUAUUUAUGUUUCAGUUUAGUAAGACAUAUUAAAACGGUUGCAUGCUUUAAGGGUAUAAUUUAGAUAACCAUACUACUGAAUCAAACUAAACAUAAAUUACUUGGCAAUGCACAAACGAUCCUUAAAAAUGAACCGGUCUUGAGGUUCUAUAUAGAAUGAUUUAUAUACAAUGAAUUUGAAAAGGAAAAUUUAAACUCAAAUGUUUAAUAUUUUUCACUGUGUUACAAGUCAAUAUUUGCAAUUAACGAAGAAAUAAUUAUUUGUGAUUAUUUUAUUUGAAUUUUAUUGCUUGUUUUUGGAACUCGUGAUAUACUUCAUAAUGAAUUGUUUUUUUUUUGUUGGGUUUUUUUGUUUUUUUGUGUGUUAAAAAUCCAAUAUUUCUUACUAUUCAUAUCAAAGCAUCUCAUGCAGUCUGAAUUUAAAAAAAAAUAACUGAAAACCUCUUUUAAAAAACAACAGGAAAUUCCACUCCUGAAGGAAUGCCAGUCAAAGGAAGAUUUGGUCACAGUGCAGUUGCAGCUAAUGGCAAUAUUAUGUUUAUAAUGGGAGGAUACUCUGGUCAAGUGCUGGGAGACCUUAUAGCUUAUAAAGUUCCCUCAGCAAUAGCAGACUACAAGGUCUUUAUAAUUUUUUUAGCCAUCUAUUUUAAUUUUUCUUUUUUUGAUAAUGAACAUGCUUAAAUAAGGAUAUUUUUUUUUCUUGCUGUGUUUUGUGAAAGUUGGUUAUGCAAUAUCUAAGCUCAUUGCUUUUUUUAAAUGUUAAUUUGUAUUAUAAUAAUAAUAGCUUAGAUAUGCUUACAAGAAUAAUCAGUCUAAACAUUAAUACAGAAUGAUUGAUGGUAAAAAUCAAAAUUGGAAAAUUAUUAAAUUCUUUUAAUUUCUUUUUUCAUGAAGUGCUCGUUGCACAACAACAGAGUUUGUCCCAUGGAAGACAAUGCAAGUUUCCUCAGUGAUCAUUGUGAGAAAUAUCCUAGUCACAAUCAACGUUUGUGCCAAGAUGAUCCCGAAUGUGUCUUUUGUAAUCACACCCUAGCUGAUAGGGAGAGCCCAAGUUGCAUUCAUAGGUCACGUAUAGAGGUAACAUCAUGUUUUCAAAAUUUUGAAAGAAGUAAAUUUUUUAUCUUCUAUAGAGUACAAAAUUAUCUUUAUAGCUGAAAAGUAAUCAAAAAAAUGUUGUGUACGAUGUGAUGUAGAUGAAUUUUUUUAAAAUGCAAACACAAGAUUUUUUUCCUCUCCUUUCUGUUAGCUCUGUGCCGGGCAGGUUCAUAACCCAUCUGAUCGUUGCCCUGGCAUAUGUCCGGCUCUUCAUACAUGCGGAGCAUGUGUUAGUCAAGGAAAGGGGGCAGACCUUACAGAUGAAUUUCCACGCAGACAUAUAUACAUUGAAGAGUGUAGCUGGUGUGUAAAAGAAGCUGAAUGUCAGCAGCGGUCAGGUAAGAAUAAAAUAUAAUAUGUACUUUAUUAGUAUGUCAAAAUAUUAAAUUUUGAGAUUUUUGAGAUUUAAACAAAUAUUUUUCAGAGCAUCUUAUUAAAUUUCUACAUAAUAUAUUAUAUUAUGUAAAAAUUUAAUAAGAUGCUCUGAAACAUAUUGCUGCAAAUAUAUAUUAUAUUAUGUAGAAAUUUAAUAAGAUGCUCUGAAAAAUAUUUGUUGAAAUCUCAAAAUUUAAUAUUUUGACAUACUAAUAAAAUUUUCAUUAUUGGUAAUGAAGAGAUUUGAAAACACAAAAAGAACAAAAUAUUACUGUAAACAGCCAUAUUUGUGCAUUUUAAUAUUAUUAGGACAUAUUCAGUCCAUUGUUUAAAAAAAAAAAUGUGCAUUAUACCUUUUCAGUGGUUGUCAGAUAUGUUUUAGUACCUGGCUUUUUGUUGAAAAAUAACAAAAUGGUUAGGAACAAAUAAUUUUCAUUGUUAUUAUUUCAUUUAAAAAAAAAAAAAAAAGCUCCAAAGGGAACUUGCAUGGCUCCCAAUGAAACAACAUCAGGCAUUCAGGGUUGGUGGGGUGGUUUAAGUGCCAACCUGACAACUCUGCUUCAGUGCCAGGUUGAAGACAUUCCUGCAGGGCUCCACUUUGUCAAGUAUCGUGAUCCAGCCAACUAUUCCUAUCCAGAUGAGGUAUGUUAUUUUAACCCAGAGAGGCUUGCUUUUUGUAAUUGUUAAAAUUGAUUCAACAGUCUUUUUUUAUUAUUUGAAAGCAUUACUUUUAUAGGGCUUGUUUAAGUUACUAUUUAGUUUUAACAAGGGUUUUUCAACAAUAAUUUUGUAUCACCUUCUUAUAUUGAUGCCUGCUACAAUUUUUUUAUUAAUCAUGUGAUAUUUAUAUUUUUUUCCUUAUAAGAGGCAAGGAGGAUUAAAUUCAAUAACUAUUUAAAUUAUAUUUGUAAAUAGAGGAGCAAAUACCAAAAUACUUAAAUAUUUCAAUUUACAGCUGAGCAUAAACCGCAAGACGAUGGGUGCCAUGGGCUACAUAGCAAGCAAGCGCAUAGAACAUGUGUAUUUCUAUACAUCAAAAUUUCUAGGAUUCAUCCACCCAUUAAAUGCACAGCCAGCCAAUGCAGAAAACUUGACUUUGUACCUGUCUCUCCAGCAUGCCAAGGCACACAUGUUUUUGUCUACUGAUCAAACUGAAGCCAAUACGGUAAUUACAUCCACAGAUAAUGUUUUUGUUUUGUUCAGUGCUUGCUAUUGUUAAAUUAACAGUGAUUUUUCACUGUAUUGAUUCAAAUCAUGCAAUUAAGGCAGCAUAGGUUUUGUGUUACCGAGUUCAAUACAAAUGUAAUUACACUAAAAUAUUUAUGUAUCUUCAAAAGAUAUACAAUAGCAACAAAAGAAUGAAUUAGCACUUUUGAAACAAUGAGUUUCAUACAUAUUUUUCUCACGAACAUAAGGGGUGAAAAUGCAACCAGGUUAAGUAUAAGGAAAUAAGUGAAACAAAGUAUGGGAAAACAUGAAAAGGAACGCAACAAAACAAGCUAAAAUAAACACAUAGCUGCCGUUUAGUGUCCGAGGGGACGAUCCUUUUGCUGUUCUCACCGAUGCAGUGUAGUAUACAAGAGGACAUUCCUUUUGCCUUCCUCACCGAUGCAAUGUAGUAUCCAAGAGGACAUUCCUUUUGCUGUCCUCACCUAAGCAAUGUAGUAUCCAAGAGGGCAUUCCUUUUGCUGUCCUCACCUAAGCAAUGUAGUAUCCAAGAGGGCAUUCCUUUUGCUGUCCUCACCUAAGCAAUGUAGUAUCCAAGAGGGCAUUCCUUUUGCUGUCCUCGCAAAUAUUACACUACAUUUGCAGCUAUGUGUUUUUUUAAAUGUUUAUAUUGUUUUUACUGGCGUUUAAUCUCUAAAGAAGGCUUCUUGUCGACACAUUCGUUGUUUGUUUUGUUGCAUACUGUUUUCAGGUUUUCCGUUUCUUUGUUAUACUUAUAUUUUUUCUCAUAUCUGACAUAUACUAUAUUUGCUGACGCAUGAACCGGUAAUCUAUAAUUAUUUCCUUAAAAAUGUGAAUAGAAAAGCAGUUUGUCUCCAUCAUAUCUACCUAAAAUAUGGUAUGUAUUUUAUUUCUUCAAACUGAUUUUUAGUUGUUAAAAUAUUGAUCCAUUUUACAUUGUGCUGAAUAUGUCCAUGAAAUUAAAAAUCAUUUAUUGUAGGAAUCGGUGAUCAAAACGGAAGAGGAAGCAGUAUACAACAAUAUUCAAGCCAAGAGAGCAUAUAACAGAAAAGUAUUCCCCUUUGUGGCCAAAGGAUACAAGUAUUUCAUUGAACAAGUAACUAGAGUAUUAUCAUUUGAAUUUUCACAAGCAUCCUUUAACUGAAAGUAGUCAAUAUUACCAGGUCAAACAAAAAACUUGUCUUGACUGUGCUGAUGAUGUAACUUAAAAUAUGGAGAAACAAAACACAAUAUAAGAGAUAUGAGCAAAUUAUAUUCCUGUCAGAUUUUAAGAUAGUUAAUCACGUAUGAAAGGUUAAAAAUCAAUGAAAAUAAUUUUAACCAGCAACUUUAUCCCAAAUAAAAUGUUUUGAACAAAAUGCCAUUUUUUCAUCUGAUUCAAAUAUUGUCUGGCAAGAAAUUGGAGACAACUUUUGCACAUGCCAAUUUCAUAUUGGUAGUGUUAUCAUUUAGUUACAGUUCAUUUAUAUCGAUUUAUAAAUUAUUAGCUUACCAGAGGAUUUCCUUUUAACUUAAUAUCUGGUCAGUUAUGUACCAUAAUCUAUCCUUCCAGCAGUUUUUGGUAUAUUUUUUGUUGUUGUCAUUACAGGUGACUGAGCAGACGAGGCGCACACCUGAACUAGCAACCACUGAAGUGACCAUAGGCUGGAAUGCUCAUCUCAAUUCCAGUGACAAGAUUCGUCCCCUAACAUAUGAAUUUUUAGAACCAUUCAGGUGCAAAUUAUUACUGUACAAAAAUUAAAUUUUAUGCUCAUCACAAUGGACCUGCUUUCUUUAUUUUCAGAACUAAAUUAUAUUAAAUUUCUCUUUCAUCCUUUGCCUUAAAUUUUAAAUAUUGUAGGAUUAUAGAUUCAUUUAUCUAUGAAAAAAUACUAUUUUACUUUGUUUGUCAUCUCUCACUUAGCAAUGGUAACUGUAGUUCAAGUUACAACUGUCUCAGCUGUCUGACUGACACACUGUGCAGCUGGUGUGAGGUCAAACGCUCAUGUAUGCCUCGGAAUGUCAGUGAGGACCAAUGCAAGGACGGCUAUCAACACCAGUAUAUGAUCACCUCACCCUCAGAGUGUCCAGAAUGUGAAGGCUAUGUUCAGUGCACUGUUUGUGCAGCGGUGAGUUGAUGAAUAUGGAUGGAAACUUCUUCUGUAGAGAAUUCGGAAUGUGUCCCCAUGACGUAAAAACUUGGGAACUUUAAUUUAGUUACCAAAGGAUUGUUGUGGCGGGGUUGCAAUGUAUUAGGUUACAAGAUAAUUUGUUUUAAUGAAUGUUGGGCAAUUAGAAUUAGUGAUGUGGGAGGAUGGACUCAAAUUUUGGAAUUGUUCAGUCAGCCAAAGAAAUCCCUGUUGAAUGUCUUUAAACAGCAUCAUUGACUUGUAUUUGGCCAUUUACUGCACUCCCACAAAUAUUCUUUGACAUACUCUAUAUUGUUUUUCAGUACUAUUGUUUGUAACUAUAUAUGUGAAGAACUUAACAUGAAAACCUUAUUCAGAUAAUUUAUUUAUUGUUCUUUUUUUUUAACCUAUUUUUGAAAAUUUUCUAAUCAUGAUCAUUCUCCCAUCUGUGGUUAAUAAAAAUAUUUCUGUUUAAUUUGAACUCCUCUCUGAAUGCUCUCACCUUCAUUUUGACAGGAUCCACUGUGUGAAUGGGUCAUAGACACCGGCCACUGCACAAGGAGAUUACGACAUCCACAGAAGGCGGUUACAGAUAGCAGUAAAUGUCCACCUCCCUGCCAUGAGUAAACUCUUUAGAUUUUUUUGCUGUUGUCUCCUAGCAUUAUUUUUGUUACUUAUACUUAGAAUGAAAGUAACUGUCCAGUCUCAUACAAUUAUUUGAUUAUUGAAGAUGAUUUUAAAAUAGUGAGAAUUUCACUAUAACUAGUUAACCUAUAAUUUUAUUUCUGUCUAGCAAUGCUUAGUUUUGUUAAAGGACUCAAUAUUUACAGCUAUCCUUAUCUUUAUCUAGCAAAUAUUCUUUUUCUCCUCUCAUAAUAAAACUGUUAUUGCUAAAGAAAACUCAUUUUCAUUUGUAACAAUUGAUUAUUACGAUAACCCAAACAUUUUCAUAAUUAAUUUUUCAAAUUAAUUGUUUUACAGAAGGACAAAAUGCAGUGACUGUAUCACAUCAGAGAAGGGUGAAUGUGCAUGGUGUGAGAACACCCAGCUCUGCCUGCCAUUCUCUGACUAUGUGUCACGGUACAACUAUGGCCAGUGCACAUCCUGGAUUGACAUCUCUGGCCCCACUCUCCGUUGCCGCUCAUGUGAAAGCCAUAAAACUUGUGGUUCCUGUUUGAAUGAGUUUGGUUGUGGGUGGUGCAGCCUUGAAGAAAAUGCCCAGAAGGGUGUCUGUGUAGAAGGAGAUUUCAAAGGUUCGGCUCGAGUUAUUUAUCUUUUGUUUAAGAUAUGAAACGUUUUAUAUAUAGACUUGAUGCAGUGUUAGCUCCUAUUAGACUUUACUAGAUGCUUCCUUAGAAAUGCUCUCAUUCUGGAUUUGAAAAACAUCAAUAAGCAAAGUUGUGAUUUGAUUCUCAGUUGUCUUGAUUGUUUUUGCUGUUGAUGGCUUUCAGCCAAAAACAUCCUUUUCAUUGUCUUGUUGUUUUUCAGGGUGUACAUACUUAUUUUUUCAUUUUACUAAGUGAAAGAACACCACAUACAUUUGCAGAUACAUUAAUUUAUAUGUUAUAUUUUGAAAGAUGCAUGCAUGAGAAAGACUUAAUAUAGUAAGAUAACUAUUUAAUAAAUGAUUUCUUCCUGUAAUAUUUUUCUAGAUCCUGCCCCGAUUAUGUUUUCCUAAAGAUAUUUAACUCAUCUUUCUAUGUGUUUUGGCUGUACAAAUAUUUGAUUCAUUGUAAAACCUAGAAAGCAUUAGAUAUGGGUUGUGCAUAGUUUAAUCCCCAAACUCAUUUGUAUAUUGUAAAAAAAAAAUCAACAAACAUCACCUUCUUUGCCAAGUAAAAACAUCAUUAAAUAAAGAACAUCUUGCUGACUAAUCAAGUUUGUUUAAAUGUUGUAUCUUCAGUGUCUCUAUUGAAUACAUUGAUUAACCGCAGAUAUCUCUGGCAACAUGACCUGCUCCCAGCACCUGGUUGAAAGGUGGAACCUGUCCAGCUCCCACUCCAUAUCCUGGGCCUAUGACAUCUGCCCCGACGUGGACGAGUGCCAGCAGAACCUACACGAGUGCAACGCCAAUGCCUCCUGCAUCAAUAUCUAUGGGGACUACCGCUGUGACUGUAACCGAGGUUUUGAAGGAGAUGGCAUCUUCAGAUGCGAUGAGACGUGAGUUGUUGCAGGAGUUCUCUGACACAUCAUUGAAUCAAUUCUUUCGAUGCUGUUUAAUUAUUUUAUCUGUUGAAUUCAAAUCCUUUAUUUAUUCUACAUUCAAAAAAUUAAAUUUAAAAUAAAAUCCAUUUCUCAUGCUUUGAAUUUGUAUUUUUGAAGAAGUUUUGAAAGAAAAAAAUAAGGCUGCUAAAUAUGUUAAAAAGUUUUUAAAAAAAACAAUAAAUUCAAAAUGUUUGUACAUUUAAUGGUUUAACAUAAUGAUCGGAGAUUGCUCAGGUGGGUCGCUUUUGUUUUUCUGCUAAUUGUUAGCAUCGCCAUCACCAAUACAUUUUAUGCAGAAAAAUGUGUAUUGAAUUGAUGCCAGUCCUUACAUGCUCUGUCCUAAUUACUUCAUACUUUUACCAUGACAAACCUCAUUUUUGCCAUUCAUCCUAUCCCUGUGUUUUAAGUGUUUCAUUUUUCCCCCCCCUGGGACUCUGAAUGAAUUCCUGUGUACUAAAUGAGAUCCUCUGUAUUUUGAAUGCUUAAUCAUUCUUCAGUGAUGUAACAAAAAAAUCUCUGUCCUCCUACCAGCUGUUACUAUGACUGCCACAAUGGUAAGUGCUCCGGACCUCCUGACUUCCUAUGUGAAUGUGACCUGGGCUGGAGCAACCACAGCUGUGAUGUCAGCUGCGGCUGCAACAACCACAGCACCUGUAACACGGGGGUCGGUAUCUGUGAUGCCUGCCAGCAUAGGACCUCUGGUGCCACCUGUGAUGAGUGUAUGCCUGGGGCUUAUGGUAACCCUCUUGAUCCUCAAGGUAUAUUUUCGUAAAAUAAUAAUAUUGUCUCUAAUCAGACUUUGUUAACCUAGGUCAAUAACCUGCUGCUCUUUAUCUUUUGUUUUUGUUUAACUAAGCUAUAAUGACAUGCGGCUCAAAAAAUGUUUCAUUAGAUACAAUUUAUAAAAAUGGCUCCUCACUCAAAAAAAGGCUGCAGGUCCCUAAACUAGUUAUGUUUAAAUGAACAUUUUUUUGCAGGCUGGCCAAAUAUAUAAUUUAUAUAUAUAUAAAAAUAUAUAUACACAUUUGUCCUCAGUUGAAUAUAUCAAAGAUUUAUUUAUACUCAACUAAAAAUUGUAUAUUCUUUUAAGCUGGUCAUCUUAUUUUGUAAGGGUAGAUUUGGAAAAAAAAAAAAAUUAAGAUAGUACUUAAUUAGUUAUGUUACUUCACCGAGUAAGACCAGUCACUAAAAGACAGUAAGCCUUGUUAAAUUUACAAUUCUCUAUAGUUUAUGCCAGCAUGACUUUUAUUGCCAUUUCUUGUAUUAUUUCCAGGCUGUUUCCCUUGUAUGUGUAAUGGUCAUGGUGAUCCCAGCCUUGGUGAAUGUAACAAAACCACUGGUCAAUGUUUCUGUACUGACAACACUCAUGGAUUCUACUGUGAACAGUGCCAGCCUGCUUAUUAUGGGAAUCCAGGGUUUGUCUUGUUAGAUAUUUUGGUUUGAAUUAUUUAUCUUCGAAUUAUUUAUGUUCACCUUGGCAACUUUAAAAAAUAAAUUUCACUUAUCUUGGUUCACCCUAAUGGCAUGAAGGAAAAGGUAUUCGUCUGAGUUUUAUAGUGUCAUUUCCACUAAGAUGGUGUACAUCAUAGAAUCUAUUUGAUUUGGGUUGGCUCUUUAGCUUUAAGAAGAGAGCUGCUGACCUGGACUGCUCGCAUGAUUUUUCUGGCAUGAUAACUACUGGAAAUGAAGUGUCUAAAUUGACCAGUUAAAAAAUGAAUUUGCUCACUUAGUUUAUCAUUUUAUAUGUGUUUAAACUCACAGCAGUCAUGUACCCACAAGAUGCACUCGUUUGCUUGAAACAUUUUUGGCUCUGUCCUUAAGUGUGAAUGCAGAUUUCAGGAAUUCUAAAUUCUUCCAGACAGAUGCUAGGCUAUAAAUUUGAAAUGUAAAGUGUAGAAAUUUUAAUUCUAAUGCCAGGCAGCAGUUUUCAUAAAGUAAAAAUACAGGAGCUUAUCUAAGAAAAUUUUAGAAAAAUCUUAUUGUCCUGUGAAUCACUUCAUAACUCUUUUACUGGAUGCGGCAUUUGAACAAGUCAGAAUUUGAGAACCUUUUAUAUUAAAAUAAUAAAGAUCUGCAAGCCUUGCAAAGAAGCUGGUGUCAGUUGAUCUUAAUGGUUUCCAUGUUGUUUUUUCCCCAGAAAUGGUGGCAAAUGCUAUCUGCGCUGUGACAACCGUGUCUUCAUCACCAAUGUAACUCAAGGUGCACUUGGCUCGUACAAUGGCAGUGGUGUGAAAGGGGGAGGUCACUCGUAUUGCCUGUGGAUCCUCUCAGUGUUUGCUGACAUCAUGCACAGGGCCACAGACUCCAAGUCUGUACCCGUGCUGUCACUGACCAUCGAAGGGGAUACUGAAAUUGAAUGUGGUCAGGUACUGAUUUUCAUGAACAGGUUUUUUUUUUUUUAUUUAGUGGCGCCGGUGGUCCGCGUCCUGCAUAAGACAGUGGAUGAAUUUAUGUUGACUUUUUAACUUAAACAGCAGUCGAGGAUUUUAAUCAUCCAACAUAUCUAUCUCCAGGGGGCCGUGUAUGUAUACAAUGGUAUACCAGACUUUGUGUAUGGCGGUGCUGGCGAUAAGAUGGAGAACCAACGCAUUGGAGAAUUCUGUGGCCUGUCGCCAAGCAGAGAUGUAACAGUGUAUGGAACACAGGGGACUAUCACUGUACUUUUUGAGGGAGAUUUGACAAGUAAGCUCAUUUGUCGUCCUCCCCCCACUCAAACAAUUUUCUUCUAAAGUUCUAAAAGAAAUUUUCCUAAUCGUCACCAAAUAUUUGACAUUUGUCUUACCAUAUUAUCUAUUUUAUUUUACUGAUUGCUUUGAAGUAAGUCAAAGUACAAAAGCUUGUCAAAGCACCUAGAAAACCAACUUUGAUACAAAACUGAUGUUUGAAGAUAAAAUUUAAUAUGUUUUUCAUUUUUGAGUGAGUGAGUGUUCAUUAUUUAUUAAAGACAAAAACUGUGUCCAUUAUUUAUUAAAAAAAAAAAACUGUGUCCAUUAUUUAUUAAAGACAAAAACUAUUUGAAGUGGAGUUUUAAAAAAAAAAAGUUUUUUCCUGAAGCAACUUUCAAGAAUUUUUGUAAACAUUAAAUGAAUGAAAAGUACUAUUUGAAUUGACAGAGCUCCGCAGCAAAGGACACAAUGGAAGAUUCAAUGCUACAUUUCGUGCCCAUGCAUGUCCUGACCAAUGCCAUGGCAACCAGAUCUGUGUGGACGGUAACUGUGUCUGCAAGGAGGGAUACUGGGGACAGAAUUGCAUACUGCCAGUUUGUCCAUUCAACUGCUCCGAGGCUUUAGGCCGGGGCUAUUGUGUAAGUUUAAUUAAAAUUCUUUGACAUGUUCAGUUGCUUCUGCUUGAUGAGUCGCCCCUAAAUGAGGGAAUCAAAUUUUUAGGGACAAAUGUCUAAGUAAAAUAAGUAUAAAUAAACUACACUACCUUUGCUUUGUUUUAUUGAUUAGAUGUAGGAGAAGCUACUUUGAGAAAUGCUUUUCUCAUUUAGGCAUUUACAUGUUUAAGUAAGGGAAUUUUAGAUUUAAAUUUAUAAGCAUUUGGACAUAAAGCUCACAAUUUUUUAAUAAAAGUAAAGUUUUUGAGAAAACUGUAUUUGUGGAAAAAAAACAGUGACAUAACAUCAUAGGAUUUGGAGAGCGAUGAAGAUGGCGUGUGACAACGGCGUGACAUACAGCCAUUUCAGUUGUCAGCCACAGAUAAGACAUUAUUAGGGUCAACAGUUAGAGGGGAUUCAAAGUUAUUCACUUGUUGCACAUUCCCAAUGUGAAGUCUUUAAGUAGCUUAUUAUUUAGACUAAUAUUAAUAUGAAUAUUUUUCUCCUCUUUGCCAGCUAAAUAUUAUCUGUAUUUGCAUUUUACUAUGGUAGGUGCUUUUUGUGCAGAGAAGAUCAGCAAAGAAAAUUACUGAGAGCCUUUUUAAAGCCUCUAUUAUUGAUUUUUACCCCUUCUUUUUGCCAGCUGAAUGGUAUCUGUAUUUGCAAUAGUGGCUUUGGUGGACCUCACUGUGCUGAAAAGAUAAGCAAAGAGGAAAUGCGGCUUCAGCUCCUAACAGACUCUGGCUUAGCUUCCUUGCCCAUCGAAUUGAACCCCGACCAGCAGAUCUUCAGCGAUCAAACACACGGUCCCUCUCCCAGGGCUGGACACUCACUGACCACCUGCGGUGAUGGAAUAAUCUACAUGUAUGGGGGUUACAGUUCAUUGGAGGGCAUCAUGAAUGAUAUGUGGAUGUACAAUGUCAGUGCCAAAACAUGGAGACUAAUAGAGACAGAGCUGGACCAGAAACCUAUUGGCAGGUAAUGACAACAAUAGAAGUCCAAAUCUUGUUUCUAAGAUACGCUCUAUAAUCUCUAAUAUUCUUGGUUUUCAGGCUCUUGGCCUUGGCCACUAUUGUUUUCUUCUACUAACCACAUUAUUUGUAUUUAUGCCAAAGCUCAUAUUUUUUAUCAACUAAUUUUAUCACAAUCCAAUCAACUAGCAGCAGUAGUUGCAUUCAACUUAAUCUACAAUAACAGAACCUUUUAUACUGUUUUAUAGAUAUUGCAAGUGCAAGAACCUAUAAUUCUUUUUCAGUUUAUUAUGUUCAUAUCAGUGUUGUGCUACAUUACGUCCUAUUCUCUCCUGCUUCUCUUGAUUAUUUAUUAUGGUUGUUGCUCCAGGGACCUUAUUUGCAUGCAUGCCCCUUUCAUCAGGUACAGAUUACAUGAACUGGUUAUCAGCAGGUUACUCAGUUUUUUCUUUUAGAAACUCACAAUAUAGGCAUGUAGAUUGGCAUAAAUAAAAAACAAUUUUUGAAUUCCAUAAACCAGUGAAUAAACUCCUUUUUACCCAGUAACAGUUCAAACAAUUUGGGAUUGUUGCAGUCAAAUGAAUUUUUGAAAUUUUUUUAUCAACUGGAAAGUCCAGUUUUAAAAUCAAGUUUGCUUAGUUCCCAUAUCAUUGUAGCUGCAAUUGUUGUGUACAUUUACAAAGCAUCUCCAGCCUUGUUGAUGUAAAUUGAAGUUGAAAAUUGAUAAAAGGGAAGGUACUCCUCGUCUUGUUUUGAGCAGGUUUCAGUUGGUAGCUCAGAUCUUAAGACAGGAAUUGAAUUGUCAUGAUGAUUGGAUUGUCCUAGUCACCACUCUGAUACUGUGAAAUGACAAUGGAAUAUAAGCAUUACAUAUAGGCUUAGAUCUGUUACUUUUAAGAUACUCUAUUGUAUUACUUUGAGACGACAUUGUACAAUUUUAGGAGUUCAAGGUAAGCAGGUCUGGUAUACCAAUGUAAAUAUAUUUUUUUCCACCAUUUCCACAAAAUUUCAGUGCUUUCUGACCCAUUAUAACAAAGAAAAAAUCUUGCCGCUGAUAGGGAAUUUUCAAUCAGGUGAAAAUAUGCAGUCAUGUCUUAUUUUUGUUUUUAUCUGGCUAGUUUCACUUCGUGACUUGAAAUAUAAUCAACAACUUCAUUGGAAGAUAAAUGUUUGCCCUUUUUGUGUCAUUUUGUGCUACCAGCAUUCAGUGAAAUUUUUGUCAGGAUUUGCAAUAUGGCAGACAAAAUUUAUGCCAUGAACUUAACCGAAACACAAUGAAAGGACUAAAUUUUUAAAAAUUAAAAAUCUAAAGUAAUGCUUAAAAUUGAUAUUUUUUAACAAAUUUAUCCAUGAAAUUAUAGUUGUAUGAUAAAAAUAACUUUGGUAAAGGUGGGGGAAAAAAAUCAAGUUAAAAUCCAUCGAUCACUCGUGAUGGAAAAGUCAAUGAAAUGUACUUUGAGAGUUAAGUCUCCAAAAUUGGUAACACAGCCUAAGAAAAUUGAGUGCAGACACUGUGGCUAUCUCAUUGUGUGAAUUGUUCAAUUCUGAAAUAUAAUUCGAAAUCAAGCGUUAGAAAUUCAUAUAUAAAUUCCUACCAACAACAGGAAGUUUAGGGAGCUGAUGAAUAAUCUGUAGAAAUUAUAACAUAUUUGGAGGGAUCUUUCUUUUUAAGCAUGCUCAACUGUAUCUAGGAAAUAGUAGAACAAGAUAUGUUAAAGCUUGAAGGAAAAAACAUGACAAUCCAAUGAAUGUUUUGGCUAGAUGCCUUCAUCAGCAGAUAAAACAGCAAGAAACAAAGAACGUCUUUUAAGACAAUAUCAAAAUUUAUUCUUACUAAAAUAUGUGUCGAACAAAUAUUUAACAACUAACAAGUUUCAUGUGGGCACACAUGCUUUAAGAGGUUCAUUUUUAUUUAUUUAGUUUAUCAACGCUUGGCAUAUAUUUUAAGUUGAGCGCUGCUGUGCCUUAUAAUAUUUUAUUGCAUUCUACUUUUUUUACAAAGUUUCUGUGUUCAUUGAAUAUUUCAUGCGUUGUUAACUUUCCAGUUACUACCACGCUGCCGCCUGCAUCCCACUUUUGAAGAUGAUCUAUGUGUUUGGAGGGUUCAAUCACACGGAGGAUGAGGACAGAGGCAAAGCCAGAUCAGUGCACGCCACCAACACUUUGUGGAAGUUCAACAUAGAGUCUCAUGCUUGGACUCUUGAUCAGGUAAGAUUUGUUUAAAAUUUAAGAUUUCUUCUUUUUUUUUUUACCUGAUUUUAGACAAAAUGUUUAAUUUGCCCUGAAUGUAUCAGACGCACACACACCCCACCCCACCCCCACACUUUAAGCAUCAAACAAAAUUUUUAUUGUCAGAGUUGGUUGCUAUUUUCCUUUAGUAUUUUUCUGUGUGGUGCGAAUAGAGCACAUCUGUCCAGGUGUUGUUGUUAACCAGUGCUGUCCAACCUUUUUGGCUGCGAGGGCCAAACAUUUUUUUCCCCCCAAGGCUGAGGGCGGCAAAUGACAUCUCAAAAGAAAGAUUUAUUAAUUAUUUUUUUUAAGACCAUUAUACAUAUUAUUAAUACUUCUUACAUUAUUCUUAAAGAAUCAUAUAUCUAAUUGCAUUAUCGGCUCAUCAUGAGUACAAAUAAAGGGACUAAAACUGUUGCCUUUAAAAUGAUAAAUUAUGUUUGAAUUGUACUUGCAGUAUUCUUAAUUUGAGGUAGUUAUCAGUAGGAAUUGCCCUCCUUGGAUUUUCUACAUGUUCACCAGUCGAAGCGUAACAUUUUUUUUGGACUUGAUGUUGGUCAUUGAAGAGAAUCCAGCUUCACUUAUGUAAGGUGCUUCCAAAAAUUUGGUCAGAAUUUUGUUGCAUUUCCAUAGUUGUGGCUAUUCAUCAGAAGAAACAUGACGUCAUUCAUAAUGUACUUGGCCACGCAUUUUUUUAUGUUUGUUUCUAAAAAAUUUAAUUUUUCAGGAAUUGUUUCUACUGUCUCUCACAAUUUCUCCCUGACUGAAUUGAACUGACUACAAACAAACACAGUUUAUAUCCUGCUUUCUACUCAUUGAAUGUCUCAUACUCAGACAUCUUUAAUACCAAGUGCCUGUCCGCAACAUCACAACAAUACAGGAUGGACACACACUCUCCCAUACCUGGCUAGACCACCUGUUUAAUUAUCACGGUGCCAUAAAUGGUUCACGCUGCUGCCCACCGUUGUCAUUCAUUUGUGACACCUUUGGUACCCCGGCUCCCAGUUAAGUCACGAUGCCCACCUAUCUAUUCCGUCUAACUUGUUCCAUUGGUGGGGGAUGUGGAUAUUUUUACAAUGAUCAAAUAGGAAAACACAUCAAAUUACUUUUGGUUUCCAUAUUCAUCUCUCUCACUGCUGCCAGUAAUUAAACCCUACACCCGCGACGCCUCCCUUGUACAAGCAAAAGAAAGAAGAAGAUGGUGUCCGAUUUUAUGUCACCCAGGUUCCCAAAUGGUUGCUCUGCUGAUGUUCGGUACAUAAAUUACUGCUACCUUGUUGAAAAUUUAAGAUUUCUUCUUUUAUUUUUACUUGAUUUUAGACAAAAAUUUUAAUUUGCCAUGUAUGCAUCAGACACACUCCAAGUCAUACCACUCCUUAGCUUUUGUGACUUCCUCCUUUUCUGUGUUACAACUUCUCAUGUGCUCUCACGCCGAUUCCCAACUGUAGUAAAUCAAUGAUGGUGGUUUGAAAAUAUUUUCACCCAAAAAUGUUACAUUUUUUUGGGCCAAAUCAUUAAAGUUUCUCCAGCUUGGAAGGGCCAUCUCUGUGGGUUGAACACCACUGUUGUAAGCUCACAAUACAUUUUGUACAGUUUCUAACAUCAAAACAAAACCACUUCAUUGUUCUCACUUUGUGUAGGAAAAGAACAGUGCCACAUGGCAAAGUAGACUAUUGUGUUGUGUGUGUUUGUAAAUGACUUCCCUGUUAAUCUUUAACCUAUCAUGAUUGUCUUAUAUAUAUAAAUAACUUCCCUGUUACUGUUUUUAACCUAUCAUGAUUGUCUUAUAUAUAUAAAUGACUUCCCUGUUACUGUUUUUAACCUAUCAUGAUUGUCUUAUAUAUAUAAAUAACUUCCCUGUUACUGUUUUUAACCUAUCAUGAUUGUCUUAUAUAUAUAAUGACUUCCCUGUUACUGUUUUUAACCUAUCAUGAUUGUCUAAUAUAUAUAAAUAACUUCCCUGUUACUGUUUUUAACCUAUCAUGAUUGUCUUAUAUAUAUAUAUAUAUAUAUAUAUAUAUAUAUAUAUAUAUAUUUUAAUAAAUGACUUCCCUGUUUAUCUUUAACAUAUCAUGAUUAUAUAUAUGUGUAUAUGACUUCUCUGUUAAUUUUUAACAUCUCAUGAUCGUCUAUGUGUGUAUUAUAUAAUGACUUCUCUGUUUCUGUUUUUAACCUAUCAUGAUUUUCUAAUAUAUAUAAAUAACUUCCCUGUUACUGUUUUUAACCUAUCAUGAUUGUCUUAUAUAUAUAUAUAUAUAUAUAUAUAUAUAUAUAUAUAUAUAUAUAUAUUUUAAUAAAUGACUUCCCUGUUAAUCUUUAACCUAUCAUGAUCAUAUAUAUGUGUAAAUGACUUCCCUGUUAAUCUUUAACCUAUCAUGAUCGUCUAUGUGUGUAAAUGACUUCCCUGUUAAUCUUUAACCUACCUUGAUCGUCUAUGUGUGUAAAUGACUUCCCUGUUAAUCUUUAACCUAUCUUGAUCGUCUAUGUGUGUAAAUGACUUCCCUGUUAAUCUUUAACCUAUCAUGAUCAUCUACAUGUGUAAAUGACUUCCCUGUUAAUCUUUAACCUAUCAUGAUCAUCUACAUGUGUAAAUGACUUCCCUGUUAAUCUUUAACCUAUCAUGAUCGUCUAUGUGUGUAAAUGACUUCCCUGUUAAUCUUUAACCUAUCUUGAUCGUCUAUGUGUGUAAAUGACUUCCCUGUUAAUCUUUAACCUAUCUUGAUCGUCUAUGUGUGUAAAUGACUUCCCUGUUAAUCUUUAACCUAUCAUGAUUGUCUAUGUGUGUAAAUGACUUCCCUGUUAAUCUUUAACCUAUCUUGAUCGUCUAUGUGUGUAAAUGACUUUCAUGUUACUGUUUAACUUAUCAUGUUGUUAUUUUUAUGGCAGCCCCCUACCUGGCUUCCAGCCCUGGCAGGCCACACCCUGACCCACGUGGGCACAACCAACCUCAUGCUGAUUGGUGGGUUCUCUGCAGAGAACUAUUUCAAUGACAAAGUCUAUGAGUACAAUGUCUCUAUUGGGCUGAUGGCCUGGAAGGAUCACGACCGCAACUCGAUGCAUGGCUCUUUUCCUACAGGUCAGUUGUUUGUUGACUUGGGCCCUAAUGGUUGUUACUUACUGUUCUUAAGUAAACAUGGAACAUGAUCCAACAUGACUUGGUACUUAUGGUGCUUGACAUGUGUCAUCAACCUCUCUUAUUUAUAUGGUUGAUUUGAAAAUUAUUAUUGCGUCUAGAAAUUGUCAAUGUAAUGAAUUCCACAGCCCUACGCACAAAAAACAAAGCUAGACAAACAUACAUUUAGUUAAGGAAAGGCAAACAUUUUUUAUGCUAUUAAAAAAGAACAUAGAGGUGGUUACAUGGGUUUGAUAUCUCAAAGCGUCUCAAUCAGCAGCUUCUGCUGUCCUUUUGGGGUUUUAUUGUCUGUGUCAAGUAUGGGAGUUCAUUAGUAAUUGUUAGAACUGAAUAUUAUGUUCAUUAGUUAAUGACCGCUCUUGCUGCGCUCUACUCUUUUAGUUAAUGAACGCUCUUCCCGCGCUUGUCUCUAUGACGUAUUUUUAAUGCUGAAUCGUGACGUCAAGUCUAGACAGUAUUGUGACGUAAGUUUUAGUCGUGCGGCAGUCUUGAGUGGAACUUUGUGGAAGUAGGAUGUAUAUUAUUUAUGUUUGAUAGCGAGCUGUGCUACAUUUAUGUGUUUAUGUGUAUAGUAUAAACUUAGAUAUUAAAGUUAUAAUUAUUAUGAAAAGGACUUGAGUUUAUUCAGUGAUAGUAAGAAUAGUACGACGCAUUCAAGAACUUGACGAAUCAAUCAAUCCAAGCAGACUUAGGAGUUGACAGUCUGCUUUAGGAGAUAAGAUAAGAUUCUUUUAUUGAUCCAAACAAAUGGAAAUGUUUUUCGAUCACAUUGCACAUACACAUUUUCAGCACAUCAAUAAAUACAUAUUUUAAUAAAGUCGACUUUUCCAACUAAAACAAUUUAAACGCAAGACACCUACAUUAAAUUAUUUCUCUAGUGUAAAAAAAAAGAAAUCAAAUAAAAAUCAAUACUCAAUCGGGAUGAUCAAAGGAGGAAACAAAGAUUUGUAUUUGUAUUCAGUCCUGAAACUACAACUCAUUUUUAGGGUGGGGUUGUGGGGGAGUCAAGGGGUAGCAUAGUAUUUUACCAAUGGGAGUCCAUAUUAUACAAAAGCAUGAGACUCACUGUUAACAAAAAUUGACUUGGGGAAAAAGAGGCUGUGAUAUGUCGCACAUGUUAAACCUUAGGGAACUGUUCUUCCCCAGGCUUAUACGGUCACAGUGCGGUGUUCGAUCCCCUGACCCACACCAUCUAUGUCUUUGGGGGCUACAUCUUCAGAUCUGAGCACUGGUACAUGUCCCAGGAGCUGAUGACACUGGACACAAAGGAGAAGAAGUGGAACAUGCUGCAGCCAGAAGAGAACAGCAAA